UUCACAGUGUUUGCAUCACGGCAGCAUCUGGAAGCUAGUAUUACUGUAGUUAAAGCAGAAUAAAGAAAGAUUUAAAAAAGAUAGAAAGUUCCCAUCUUUCAGAAGCAUGGAGUCCGACCUGCUGCUGCACAUCGCCAACUUCAGCACGCUGUUUAUGUGCAUGGUGCUGAAGUUUCCGCAGAUCUUCGUGCUGAUGAGAGCGAAGAGCUCAACGGGGGUCAGCCUCAACAGUCUGCUGCUGGAGCUCAUCGGAUUCAUAGUUUUUGUAACUUACCAGAUGUACUACGACUACCCACCCCCAACAUACCUGGAAUAUCCCAUCCUUAUUGCUCAAGAUGUCAUUCUCCUGCUCCUGAUUCUUCACUACAACGGCAGCCUGCGGCAGAGCCUGAUCUACGCCUUGCUGUUGGUCGGAGGCUGGAGGCUCCUCACUGUGGAGAGGUGGAUCAUAGAUCUGGCCAUGAGCCUGUGCACAUUCAUUAGUGCAGCCAGUAAGUUCGCCCAGCUGCAGUGCAUGUGGAGGUCCAAGGAUGCCGGACAGGUUAGCGCCCUCUCCUGGGCCAUGGCCACCUACACGUGUAUGGCGCGGAUUUACACAACCACAGUGACGACAGGAGACGUGCAGGUUCUCGUUCGAUUUGUGGCAAUGACUCUGCUGAACUUGUGGGUGCUGCUCACUGUUAUCUAUUACCAACAAAGAAGAAGCAGCUCAAAGAAAGCAGAUUAAAUCCAGGGGGCAACCUGGACGGGCUGUGCUUCGGAGCCCACUGCAUCGCCAAUGAUAUAGGAACAAACAGUCUAACAGGUUAACGGUUACAUUUCUGAUGAAAAGAGAUUCACCCUUUUUCACUGCCAGGGAUUUUACUUAUAUAAAAAAAGUUCUGGUCUUUACCACGUUCUUAAAUGGAUCAAAUCUUACCUUUAUUAUAUAAAAAAA